AGAUUCCAGGUGGGGGACAUUUUCUCCCUGGGGCUUCCCUGCCCCAUCCAUGGGCAGUGUCUGAGUUCCAGACGGGGUUCUGUCCUUGUCCCUUUCCCCCAGCUCCUUCCUUGUAGCUUUCUUGCCCAGGAUUUACUCUCACCUGUUGCUAUAGGGAAAGGAAUGCCUCAGUUCCUGUUUUGAAGGAGAACGGUGCCGGUGGAGUUAUAUAGGGAAGAAAAUGGGCAAGGGCCAAGCUGGUGGAGAAAAUCUGGCCGAAAACAUUUCUGAGGAUCCCUCUAAGCAGCUGGCUUUUAGAGAAGGUGUCCUGGCCAUGAUGGAAGAGAAGAUGGCAGAACCAAAGGGGGAGGGUCUUGGUUAGACUUGAGCUGGUGGGACUGGGGGCAGAGCUAAGGGCAUUGGGUGAGGGAAGAGUGAAUUGUACUGAGAUUUAGGAUUAAAGGGCCAUAGAUUUAAAGCUAUGCAGGACCUUGGAGGUCAGCUGGUCCAUCCACUUGGUUAUCCAAAUGAGGAAACAGGCCCAGAGUGGUGAGGUGGAUGCCUGUUUGCAGAAGGGCUGGACAAAGUCAGCCUAUCAGGUUCCUUCUUGCUUUGGGAAUCUAGGCAUCCCCUUGGGAUCCGGUCCCUUUAUUCUGGGUCUCCCCAGAUUGUUUGGUCAUUCCUCCCAUCCUAGAUCAUUGGGAUACUACACGUGGCAUAAGGAUCAAGGAUUGGUGGUGAUGGAAGGUGUUUGAGGAGGUAAUACUGGAUGUAGGAAAGAGCCCCCAUUGGUGGGAGUCAGGAGUCCUGAUCCAAUAAGAUAAUUGUGAAGUGCUUAGCAUAAUGCCUGGCAUAUAGUAAGUGCUAUGUAAAUGUUCGCUAUUGUUAUUAGUGUCACAUUUUUUUUUAUAGCUUACAGAGCGACUUCUCAACACCUAAGUUUUCCUUAUCUGUGAAAUGAGGGUAACUGCACCUGUCCACAAACCAGAAACCAGUGGAAACAUUUAAAUAUAAAGAACCAGAAUGGGGAAGGAGUGGACAGUUCAGAAAGGGUUGGUCAUGGAGAGUGCAAAGGGGGGAUCUACUUCUCAUUCCCUUCUUCCCUUGUGGGGAUGUUGUGAAAAGACAAUGAGAGAAGGUAUGGAAAACAGACCCUGGAUUCUUCUUUGUCCCCUUCCUCCAGACUGAUCCCUGGGCCCUGGGUGCCCACUGGCCCUGACCUGAUCUAGACCCAGCCCAAGCCGUUUCCCCUCAAAGUUGAGCUACCCCCGUCCGUGGCAGGUGCUCUGCACCAUGAUCAGGAUCCAGGGAAGUUGAGCCAGCGGUGUCUUAGAAGCAGAAGGACCCAGCUCAGGGACGGGAGCUCAGAGCCAUCCAUCCCUUCUAGACAGAGAGAGUCCUUGGACCACCCCAGAAGUGAGAGAAAACGCCAGCCUUGAAAAGGGUCUAGGCACUUGGGAGGAACCGGCAGACACAGAAGCUCCUAACAAGAUGGACCGAGUGACCAGGUACCCCAUCUUAAGCAUUCCCCACUCAUCCAAGGUCAGUGACCUGCCAAGUGACCAGGAAAGCCACUACACCUUUGACGUUGUUCAAGUAGAGUCGGUGUCUCCGGGCUGGGACGAGGACUUUGUUAGAAUGAAUUCUGGUGGCCAAAGCUUCAUAUUUGGCCCAGAGGAGACGUCAGGCCUGAGGAUGAUGACUGUCACUCAGGAAACUGUCCCCAUGCCCCACCUGGUCAAGGAGACGCAGCAUGUCCUGAUUGAAAACUAUAGUGUCAACCAGUGGAACCCUUCUUGGGAGCAAAAGUCCCAGUUAGAGGUGGUGGAGACAGGACCUACCUACACCCUCCGAGCUUGCCCAGAGGAGCGGCACCCUGGGAAGUUGUACUCUGGAGAGGACGAGGAGAAGGAACAGCAGCUGUACCACCUGGGCCCUGGUGAAGACGUCUUUCCAAAGAGGAGGAAGGAUUUAGAACGGGAGCGAGAGGCGGUCAUCCGGGGCCAGGUGGUGAAGAGGAGCACCACGGUGGCCACUCGCUGGAGCUCCCAAGAGGAGCUGGAUAAGAUCUACUUUGGCCAGGACCCCUCCCCCACCUCAGCCUCUGACUCUGAGAAUGUCAUAGAUACCGAACAGAUUAACUUCCUGGCUGCCCGCAAGCAGUUCAUGAAUUUAGAGAAGUUGACCUUGAACUCCCAACCCCCUCAGAAGCCCAUGGGAAGGACCAUGCAGAGCACAAGGGCAUCACCCGAAGUAGGCCCGGCUAAUGUUGGCCAAAGCUCCAGAUCCUGUUGGUCUAGUAGGGUUGGCCUGACCAACGGUUCCAUCACAGGCCAGGGGAAGGACGGUGCUGAGGGAGCUAGGCCCGGCCUGGCUCUGGCCCCGACCUCCUAUAGCCGCUCUGUGAGCCAGUUAUCCUGGGCAUCUGUUGAUGGUGCCCAAGCCCUGGGCUCUGAGGAGAUGUCACCAGAAUCGGUUCUUCCUGAUGAGGGGCCAAAGGAGACACCCAUUGAGAGAGAGAUCCGGCGGGCUCAGGAGCGGGAGGCCGAUCUCCGGCAGCAGCGGGGGCUGCAGCGAUCAGGCAGCCGGGAUGAGCUGGUGGAGGUCCCGGCCAGGCCGCUGUUGUCCAACAUAACCCUGAUCACUUCCACCCCCAAGAAAGUGAAGGAGAUGGGGCGGCCAUCAUCCUUGUACAUACAGAGAGAGAUAGCCCUGGACACAAAGCGUGAGGAAGACUACCGCCGGCAGGUUGGGCGCUCUGAGCCCACCAAUGAUGCCACUAGAGCCUCUACACCAUGUCAGUUGGCCAGAGACUCAGAGAUCCCCAAAGAAGCCCCCGAGAUGAGACGAGUGCAGAGCUCUGACUCCAUUCUGAGUCUGACUUCAGACACCCACCCAGUGGAGGCCACCCUGGAAGGAAGGAAGAUUAAUCGCAUUCCAUUGGAGGCCUACCAGCCUUACCUGGGCCCACAUAGCGCUAAGAUGGAAUUCCCAUCUUAUUCUUCCUACAAACAGGCUUCCUCACUGGGCUCCGGGUACCACACUAUGGGCUCCGGGCAGGAGGAAGGUGUGGCCACACCUCCACCCUCCUCACAGAAGGCAUCCUGGGAUGGGGAGCAGAUCAGGGAACAGCCAUGGAAGUUGCAGGCCUCCACCAUUCAAAGGCAGGAGGCGUGGAGGUCACCACACCAAGAGUCCACUCGAAAGGCCUGGGAUGCUCAGCAGCAGGAUGCUGCCAAUGCUAGCCAGGGUGUGGUGCCUCGAAGCUACUUCUGUUUACAGCCCAUGAAGGCCAAGGUCAGCUGCUCCCCUGAAUCAGAGGAGGUGAAUGUUCCCCAGCAGGACCGUGCCUGGGAGCCCAAGGGCCGUGUUGAAGAGGUGGCCAUCCACAUCAAGCCUCUGAAGUCCCAGUCCUCGAGCCUUCUGGAGAUGGAGAUCCAAAGUGUCCUGCAACGGGAGAGGGAACUGGAGGAAGAGCGCAGGAAUGCCAUGUUCCCAGAAGUCUUCUCCCCUGCUACAGAGCUGGACCAGUCAUUCGAAUGGGAAAAUCCAAAUUCUAGGUACUCAUCUAUGGCUUCAGGUAUCACAGGAAGCUACUCUGUGUCUGAAACGCCCACCUUCUCCCCUGUCCACUUCCACUCAGGCUUGGUGUGGAAGGUGACAGAGCAGACACCCGGACAAGGUGUGCGCUGGAGGACGAAGAGGGAUGGAGGGUAUGCAGGCCUGGACACAUCUGAUGCUGUUAACACAGAGAUUGUGGAAGCCACAAAGGUGACCCGACAUAAGAAUGCUAUAGCUACUCGCUGGGAAGCUGGAAUAUAUGCCAGUGAGGAGGAAGACUGAGCCCCCAAGUCUAGGCCAGGCACACGCUAAGCGAUAGCCAGCGUAGAGCUAGGGGGAAAAUGGCGCCCAGGCCUUCUCUCCCCACCUGACUAUCCCUCCCUAUCCUAAAACAAGAUCCUACCAUCAAUCAGCAAGUGGCUGGUGGAGGGAGUUGAAGGCAUGUAAAGAUUUUCCUCCUUGGAGACUUGUUUUUAUAUAAUCAAAGAAGCUAAAAUCAGGUGGCGAUAAUAUGGAAAUAUGUUUUGCAUGACUACACAUGUAUAAUCUAUAUCAAAUUGCCUGCCUUCUCAUGGGGGAAAGGAGAGGGGAGCGGAGAGAGAAUUUGGAGCUCAAAAUUUUAAAAAGUGAUUGUUAAAUAAUUGUACAUGUGUAAUCUGUAUCAAAGUGCUUACCUUCUCAAGGAGGGGGAGGGGAAGGGAGGGAAUC